UCCACCUUGACGCUCAGGUAUACGGAGUUGGUCGAAAACUUUACUGAAUCUGACGUUUUGUAGCAGAGCUGACGCAGGGGACGUUCAAAAUGGAUUGAAAACAGACAUGUUCAGUGUAAGGUGGAAAGGACAACGUUGAUUCGGGAGUCUGUUGGUGGACGCACCGUGUACACUACCUUGGAGCCAGAACGUCAUGUCUGCCGGCAAUACUGGCAGUCUGAGACACAGCUCGGGGCCUGGUGGGUACAGGCAUGGACCCAGCAGGGGCAGCAGCCAGAGGUCGUCCUAUGAGGAGCGCUGUGUGGACCCAGUGGAAGACGAGCUCCCAACCCCAGAGCCAAAGGCAGUCCACAAAGCCCACCUCAAAGAUGCUAAUGGAAAGGAGUCUGAGACCACUGGCUUCAUCCCGGGCUCAGCUGCCCCUCCCUCUGCGGCACAGACCUGCAAUCCCUGCGCUUCCCCGAGGAGCUGUAGGACCUUCAUGUGCAGCGUGCUCACCUGCGGCCUGUACAGGGUCUGCCAGCGUUCCAUCCUCGCUCCAUGCCUGGCGCCAAACGAGAGCUCCGCAGACGAACCAGAGAAGGUGAGCCUCCGAGCUGUGAACCCAGGAGACAACAAAGAAGAGGAAGCCGCAGACUGGCUCGGGGACGUCCGCAUCGCUGGAGUCAAAGUUGACAGUCCAAGAGAGUAUUUAGAUGCUGAAACCAAAUCUCCGUAUGUGCCUCCGUCUGGUGGUCCAACACAGCCCAGCCAUCCGUCCCUGCACGAGUCCAUGAGUUUUGAUGACUGGGAGGAUGGCGAGGAGAACGUGGACUCUCUGAUUACUAAGAAGCUGCUGCAGCUCUACUCUGAAUAUCAGAUCGAGGAGUUGGCCAGGUGCACCUCAGACUCUGUGUUUCUGAAGAAGAGCAAGGCCAUCAACAAGCUCAUCAACUCGCUGGCGGAGGAGCACAAAAUGGACGAGCAGGAGGCCGAGUGUCGGCUGGUGCGCGGCAUCAUCCGCAUCAGCACGAGGAAGAGCGCGAAGAGGAGGCCGCCCGUCUCCAGGAGGGAGAGGACGCUGUCGGACAGCGGGAACGAGACGAUGAGGGACAGCGAUUCCUUCGCAUUCAGCAACAACAAUGACUACAAAUCCAAUCCAAACAUCCAAAUAUCCGACCUGACCUCUUCUGACAAGUGUGCCAGAGAGAUGUGGAGGAACAAUGGAGGUCACACUUCUAGUUCUCCAACAGCCUACUCGCCCUCUCACACUGAAACUAAUUCCUCAGGUGUCCCGCUGAUUCGCACCUCUGUGAGAACAUGACGAGACACCGCUCCACACUGGGGACCUAUGCUUGAAUAGUUUGUCAUGCUGUCUCCACAAGGUCACAUAUGGGACGUUGAAAGGCGACACUACUUGCACAGGAGUCUCUGGCUGAGCCAAGCUCUUUGUAGAGACCAUGGCUUUGCUGUUUCCAAAGCCGUGAAAAUGUGAAUAUUCACGAGGACUUCAGUGAACUCAGGGCUCUGUGUGUAGAUAUUUAUGUUUGAUGUUAUGUGUGUAUUUGAAGGAUUGGUUUAUUGAGAGCUUGCCCUGCAGGCAGACACCAGCAAUAGCUCUCGAUGGCUCAUAGAUAUUGUAUCAUAAUUAACCGUCCCCUCGUCCCUGAAGGAGAACUGAGUUAUGUUCAUGAAUUGUUUUGCAAAGGACAUUUGGAUUUAGUGAUGUAAAAAUAAAAUCCAGAGUUGUCUCUUUUUUUGGCACAUUUCAUCAUCAUAGAUUUGAUUUUAAGCAAAUUUGCGUGAUUUUAAAAUAUAUUCAACGUCUUUAAUGCUUUGGUUACGUAUCACAUAUGUACAAGAGUGAUUCAAGAUUAAUCAGGAUUGAUGUUCUGGUAGUUUUUAUAAUUUGACAUAUUUCAUAUUGAUGGAAGAAUAACGGGCAGGAAGAAAAAGGCUUUAUAUCAUGGUUCAAAAUCCUGUAAUUCUAAUAUUGGAUGGAGAUUUUUAUGUGUACAUGGUGGUUUUGGGAAAUAUGCUUAUUUGCUUUCUUGUAGAGAGUUGCAUGAUACAGCCAGUUAGCCUGGAUUAGCAUAUAGAGUGGAAACAGCCAACAUGGACCCAAAAUCUGUCUGAACGCCUCUAAAGUCGAUUAGUUAAUAUGUUAUUUUGCUUGUUUAUUUUGUACAAAAAUCAAAGCAUAAAAAUGAGUUGUUUGACACCAACUUGGCCACAAUUAGUUUUGGUUCUAUUUCUGUGCUUCUAAAAAUGAGUUAUGUUAAUCAGAGAGCGUUUUAAGGUGCUGGUAGACACAUUUUGUCACCUUUGGACAGAGCCAGGCCAGUCGUUUCCAGUCUCUAUGCUAAGCUGAGAUAACAGGCUGCCAGCGGUAGCUUCAUUUUUACCAUACAGAUAUUAGAACAAUUUUCUCUUGGCAAGACAGUAAGUAAAUAAUAUUUGUUUCCCUGAGUAAAACUAGUUGAAAGCUACAGAAAAAGCUCAUAAAGUAGACCUUGAGUUUUAUUUUUGUUUGUUUUUUCUGUCAAAAUUAUUAUUUUUUUCUAUUGUGACUUUUGUUGCAUUCAUAAAAUGCAUAUGUAGUGUGAUUUUAUUUUAUUUUAUUUCCAGAACAGAUUAUCACUAUUGAUAUAACAUGAAGCUCAUGUAAAGCAGAUAGCUCUUAAGUUUUAAAUUAACCAGGUGUUUGAUGCAUUCUGGGUACUGUUUGUGGCCGUCCUGUCUGUAAUCCAAGUCUCAAAUUGGAAGCUGUUUUGAAAGCAGGUGUGAACUGCAGACUUAAGAUUUAAGGUUGUAUUAUGUACUAUAAUUGUAAUUUAUUAGUGACACUAAGAUGACUCAUGAAGUGAAUGUUUUCUCACCACAGUGUGCUUGCUGUGUUUGCUCCUGAGUGCUGAUGGGAAUUUGGCCAGCUGACUCAGUGGAAUUUAUUCAGCUCUGUGUCCUUAUCAGCAUUAGAUUAUGGUUACUGUUGGUCAUGGAUCUAUCUUGUUGCGUCGUAUUUCAGUUCUGUUAUUAUGUAUUAACUACUUGUGUGACUUCAGGUAAUAUGGAUAUUUUAAAGAAGUUAACACCACAGUUUAUUUUAGAGUGUCAAGAAUUUCGCCGCAACACCAGGGUGGUUAUUGAAAUGGUGUGAAACUAGUUGCUCUGGUUUCGAGCAAGAAGGAGAAAAAGCAAUGUGACUAUUUAGGAAGUGAUGAAUGUGUCUGUGUUGUAUAAGUGGCUAACUGUAAUUAUUCUAAUAUACGUCUUAUUUCACUGGUUGAGUAGUCUGCUAAAGCAAAACAUUUUCUUUUCUAAAUAAAGUGUAAUGCUUGGGCCUGUCA